CAACAGUCCUCGCCUCAUCACAGCGCCUGUAACCCUGUCGCCAAACGCAGCGCCAGACAGUCGGUAGCUGCUUCAGACUCCUCACUCCUCAGUACACCCCCGGACAGCGUGCCGGGAGGAAGCAGUGUUGUGGCUGGUAUAGCUUGAACCUCCCUCACUCACCUUACCAAACCCGCUCUGCUCACUACAUUUUGAGCAUUCGUACCCUCAGCUUGAGCGCCUUAUAUAAUUAAAUGUAAAUUAUAGCAACUUGUACAGUGAACUUUACCGUAAGAAUUCCCACGCGUUGAUUUUGUACAAGUUUAUUGGUAUGUUAUGAAGUGAGGUGGAGGGAAGGUCCCAAGCUUCUCAGCCGUCUCCUCCAUCCCCCCCUCACCUCCCCAACACCCAAGUCCAGCAGCGAUAACUCGAGGAAAUACUAAACAGAAAUGAAUGAUAAGGAGCAAGAAGGCAUAGGGAGAGGCAAUGGUGGGACUGGAACCAAAUCUUGGGUCCAAUUUGAAGAGGACGAAGGAAUAGAGGCUCAGAAGGAUGGCAAGCCCACUCAAACCCCGCCAAACACUCCUGCAGUCAUUGAUGCUCAUGCAGUGCAGGUUAGUCUGGAGAACCACAGUGGAGCACCUGAAAACCACAGAAACAGUAUAACAAAGACUAUUUCUGAGCCAGCCAAUGGGGUACCAAGACUGCAGGCACCACCCAGCGGAGGAGCAACAGAUAAACGGGAGACACGGGUCACCAUGUCCCAGCUUAGUCCUUCACAGCUCCAUAAUGUACCUCUAAAUGAUACAUCUGCAGCCUCUGCACAGCCUCACCACCCACCUGCCACUACCCAGCCAGUAGUGAGACAAGGAUUUUCCAAUGGUGAUGUGAUUGUGACACUGCUGCCUCAGAAUACUUCAAUGCCCUGGAUCACCCCAGCCCAGUUCCGUCCAGAGCUUGUACCUGAGGAGCUCAUGGCACAAGGCCUGACGCUGACAGUGGAGGACUAUGUGCAUAUCAUGUCCCAGCUGGUGAAUGACUACCGCUUCACCUUGUACAACGUGUGCUACAAGCGAGUCCUUAUGGCCUGGAUCAUAAUGGGUUUUGUGAUUUUGCUGUGCAUCCUCUUCUCAGGCCUCUCCCAGUUGGCACUCUUUGGUGCUGGUAUUGGAUGGCUCAUGAUUAAUGCAGCUGCUAUAUUCUUUUGUAUGUGGAUAAAAAUUAGGCUGAACAAGUCCUUGGAACAGUGUUUGGCAGAAAUCAACAUACAGUUACUUCGCCACAAGAUCAUUCUGGGCUUGGAUGACCGUGGAAAGCUGUCUUGUCACAAAGUCAACCUGUGCUUCAUCUAUUUUGACACUCAUGACUGUGUGGCAAAACUCCAGGAGGUAAUGGAAGAAGAGGAGCGAGCAGGCCGAGCAGUAAACAGUGAAGAGGCAGCCAAACUGCCCUCCCUCCGGCAGCGCAUGGACAUUGAUGACUCAGACAUUAUCAUCACUGGUGCCACUAACACUCGCAUUUCACGACAACAGGACCGAGCACGUUUGUUGCUGGCACGCUACAGCCAACGAUGGGUAAAAGCUGUGUCACGAGGAGCACUGGCUAUUGCUAGUACAGAGGGUGGUGCUGCAACCCCUACCUCUCCCCAUGUAGCUCCUCGCCAUGCCCUAACUCGACAGUGCCCCUGCCAGUACAUUGAGGACCACCUGCAUUAUAAGCCUCAAGGUUGCUUUGCUCUGUGUGACGUGUGGCAGCAGGGGGGCAGCACCGUCACCAUCGUCGCCCCCCCGGCCAUCGGGUGAAACCUCGCCUGAGAUCUCUAUGGUGCAAUAGUCACUAGCUUGUUAGCCAUGUGUAAACAGUGCUAUGUAGAUAGAUGUCAGCAGUGGGAAGUGGAGAGAGAGAGAGAGAGAGAGAGAGAGAGAGAGAGAGAGAGAGAGAGAGAGAGAGAGAGAGAGAGAGAGAGAGUGAGAGAGAGUAAAGUAAGUAAAAAUAACUGGAUAUCCCAACUGAUGUACUUUUAUGCAAAAACUUGUGUGGUGUGUAUUCAGUUGAGGAAUAAGUGCAAGAACAUAUCUGCUAUCAGUAUGUAUGUUGUAUACAUUUGUGCACAUGGAAUGUACUCAAAUAGGAAGACUUUGAUUUUACAGAAAUGAUAGCACGAUGGAUAAGUGAAGCAUUUGUAAGGAUAGAUUUUUAUAUGAAUUCUGAGAAUAAGAUAAAGCUACCAUAAGAGGCCAUUGAAUUCCUAACAAAUGAUCUAAUGAUAUGAACAUGAGAUCUGAUUCACAUGACGUUCAGAGUAAACUGUCUAAUAAAUACAAGGGUGAUAGAUGUAUUAGUUAGUAAGGAAAAGCAUAAGAUGCUAAAGUAAUUUUUUUGCAUACUGGAAAGAGGAAAAUAAGCUGCUGUUUUUUUUUUGAAGAAGCAAGUGUGAAUCCUGCUCAUCAUUAUUUGAUAGUGGUGGAAUAUAAGAAACCAUUUUCUAAUAUUAUAUAUAAUGCACUGCAUUACAGCAAUC